AUGCCGACCAAAGUUGUUCCUACUGUUGCUCAGAGUGGGCCUCGAAAGGUGAAAAGACACCGGGCCAAGAAACAGAACCCAGAGCCUACUUCUCCGCUUGGAGUGUUGCUGAAUCAUGAAAUCCCCCAGAUCUGCAAAGAGCACAACCUGACCCUUGAGCAGGUUUCAAACCCACUCAACAAGGUGCUGAACGAUUCCGAGCUGCGCAAGAAGUACAACAGAGUGGUUGAGUCUGUGGAGAUCCUCAAAUACUCCUCCAACGGCGAGGGUCUUGCGUUGCUACCGCAUCCAGAGAUUCCAGGCGGAAAGCAGAUCGCUGUUGUUCCGUUCGGCAUGCCGGGCGACGUGGUGACUCUGCGCGUGUUUAUGACGAAACACACGCAUGUUGACACCGACUUGCUGAGUAUCGACAAGUCGUCGGACUUGAGAAAACAGGACCUCAUCAGAUGUCGCUAUUUUGGAGCCUGUUCCGGCUGCCAGUACCAGCCGAUCGAGUACGAACAGCAGCUCGAGUUUAAACGCAACACCAUUGUCAACGCAUACAAGUAUUUCGCUCCUCGGCUGGGUGUUUUGGGUAAACUGCCGGAAGUUGGUAAAACUGUUGCAAGUCCUUUGAAGUACGGGUACCGUACCAAGCUCACGCCGCACUAUCAGCUGAGUCGCCACGAGGACGCGAAAACAAGACCCAACUUUGGAUUUGGGUCCAAGGGCCGUCCAUCCUGGCGCGAAGUUCCUCUCAGAGAGUAUCCUGGAGAGGUGAUGGAUAUCGAGGACUGUAUCAUUGGAACAGAGAUCGUGAGACAGGGAAUGAAGAAUGAGCGUGCUCGUUUGGAGUCGCAAGCUGCAAAGGGCGAGAUAAAGCACAAGGGUGCUACCGUCCUGCUCAGAGAGGACACUAGACGCAACAAGGACGAAGUGAAGGGAUCCACAGACGAAAUGGGUAAGCUUUCAAUUUUGGAGCAGGACGACAAGUUCAAGACCUGUGUUACGGACAACAACGCGAUUGUGAGCGAGUACGUGAACGGUCUGCGGUUUGAUUUCGUUGCAAACGAGUUCUUCCAGAACAACAACUCGAUUCUUCCGAAAGUGAUCGACUACGUCAAGUCGAACCUGGCACUGGACAAAUCCGGCGACGACUACCUCGUGGACGCAUACUGUGGGUCCGGAUUGUUCAGUAUUUCGUGUGCGUCGUCGGUGCGCAAGUCUCUCGGAGUGGAGAUCUCUGCUCACUCUAUCGCUUUUGCCAAGAAAAACGUGGAGCUUAACAAUAUCGACAACUGCGAGUUUAUCGAGGGUAAAGCCGAGAAACUGUUUGAGAAGAUCGACUUCCCGAAGGACAAGACGUCGGUGAUUUUGGAUCCACCAAGAAAGGGCUGUGACGAGGUGUUUUUGAAACAACUGGCCGAGUUUUACCCAAAGAGAAUCGUCUAUGUCUCGUGUAACGUCCACUCGCAAGCAAGAGACGUGGAAUACUUCCUCACGGAAACAGAAAAGGGAAAGGACUACACCCUCGAAAGCAUUAUCGGGUUCGACUUCUUCCCGCAAACCCAUCACGUGGAAGGAGUUGCGGUGCUGAGCCGUAAAUGUUGA